AUGGCAGGAUUGCUCAGCACAGUCUUGAGUAAAAUCAACAUCGGAGAAGACGACCAGGAGAAAGUAGUGGGGUUCGUCGGGGGCAUAAUAGAUCAUGUGAUUGGAGAUAAGAAGGCAGAAAACGGAGAUGAGAAGGCAGGAUUCGGUAUCGGAGACGUCCUCAAACUCGUCGGUGGAAACAAUGACGACAAGAAGGGAGGACCUGAUGAGGGAGACCUCCCUGCUGGUGAAAAGGAAGAUGACAAGAAAGGAGGAUUUAGUUUAGAUGGCGCACUCAGCGGUGGAAACAAUGACGACAACGAGAAGGGAGGAGGACUGGAUUUGGGAGACCUCCUCGGUGGUGGAAACAAAGAUGACAAAAAGAAGGAAGGAGGACUGGAUUUGGGAGACCUCCUCGGUGGUGGAAACAAUGAUGACAAAAAGAAGGAAGGAGGACUGGAUUUGGGAGACCUCCUCGGUGGUGGAAACAAUGAUGACAAAAAGAAGGAAGGAGGAAUGGAUUUGGGAGACCUCGGUGGUGGAAACAAUGAUGACAAAAAGAAGGAAGGAGGACUGGAUUUGGGAGACAUCCUCAGUGGAGGACCUAAUGUUGGCGACUUCUUCAGUGGUAAAACCAAUGACGACAAGAAGGGAGGACAGGAUGAGGGAGGCUUGUUCGGCAGUGGAAGCGACAAGAAGGAAGAAGGAGGCGGAGCAGGUGGAGGAGGAGGAGGAGGACUGGACAUGGGGAAAGCCUUGGGAGGACUCUUCGGAGACAUGGUGGAGGAUCGGGUGAAGAAACAUCUGGGUGUCGAUGACAAGGACAAGGACAAGGACAAGGACGAUGAUAAGGGAUUCUUCUCAAAGAUCUUUAACAAAGACGACGACGAUGACGACGACAGGGGCAGAAGGAAGCAGAGGGACGACGACGAUGACGAUAGGGGGGGAUUCUUCUCCAAGAUUCUCGGCAGGGACGAUGAUGACGACAACGACCGGAGGAGAGACCGGGACCGGGACCGGGACAAAGAUGACGAUCAGAGUUUCUUCUCCAAGAUCUUUGACAGAGACGACGAUGACGACCACAGGGGCAGAGAGAAGAAAUCCGGAUUUGCAGGUCUCUUCAGUGAGCAGCAGGGAGCUGGCGCUGGCUGCGAGGGAGCACCAGGAGGAAAUGCGGCAGGCGGAGGGUACCCAGGAGGUAGUGCGGGAGGCGGAGGGUACCCAGGAGGUAGUGCGGGAGGGGGAGGGUACCCAGGAGGUAGUGCGGGAGGCGGAGGGUACCCAGGAGGAAGUGCGGGAGGUGGAGGGUACCCAGGAGGUAGUGCGGGAGGCGGAGGGUACCCAGGAGGUAGUGCGGGAGGCGGAGGGUACCCAGGAGGAAGUGCGGGAGGUGGAGGGUACCCAGGAGGAAGUGCGGCAGGCGGAGGGUACCCAGGAGGAAAUGCGGCAGGCGGAGGGUACCCAGGAGGAAGUGCGGCAGGCGGAGGGUACCCAGGAGGAAAUGCGGCAGGCGGAGGGUACCCAGGAGGAAGUGGGGCAGGCGGAGGGUACCCAGGAGGAAGUGCGGCAGGCGGAGGGUACCCAGGAGGAUCAGGUAUGUACGGAGAGAAGCCCGACCCGUUCACUUAG